AUGCAAAACCGUGCGGGAACCUCCCCGUUCGUAACCCUUGAACUCCCACUCCACACCUCACACUUCGCAGCACUUGUCCGCGGCGAGACCAACCGGAUCGUCUUCACGUGCACCCAUGAGCCUGAGGGUGGCUCGGGGAGGCGCCCGCUCUUGAGUGCACCGGUUUGGGCCAUGCUGUGCAAUGGGAGGAAGAUGGGGUUCGCGGUCAGAAGGGCGGGAUCGCACGAGGACGCAUCGCUGUUGGAGAUGAUAAGGUCGGUCUCCACCGGCGCAGGGAUGUUGCCUGAUAAGGAGGGGGUCGGUGAGCACAAGUACUUGAGAGGCCAGUUCGUUCGGACGGUGGGAUCAAGCGAUUGUGAGGCGUACCACUUGGCUGAUCCUUCAGGGUGUUUCGGACAAGAGCUGAGUUUGUUCUUCCUGAGAACUUAG